GUCGGGUUAGGAUGCCGCCCUCGGCCAUGGGCUGCACGAGUCCGCUCCUCAAGCAGCAGCAGGACUCCGGCCCCGCGCCCGCACAGGAGGCGCCGGCCGACAAGAAGAACCCCGACCCGGCGCGCCGCAUCAAGUGCGUGCUCGUGGGCGACGGCGCCGUCGGCAAGACCUCGCUCGUCGUCAGCUACUCGACCAACGGCUUCCCCAGCGAGUACGUGCCCACCGCUUUCGACAACUACAACGUUCUGGUGCGAGUGGAUGGACGGCCGUACAGCGUGCAACUGUGCGACACUGCCGGACAGGACGCGCUGGACCCGCUGCGGGCGCUGUGCUACCCAGACGCGGACGUCUUCCUGGUGGUGUUCAGCGUGGUGGCGCCGGCGACGCUGCGCUCCGUGGAGAGGCGCUGGGCUCCCGAGGUGCGGCGCCACUGCCCGGACGCGCCGCUGGUGCUGGUCGGCGCCCAGGCGGACCGGCGUCGCGACGCCCGCCUGCUGGCCACACUCGCCGCCGCGGGCCAGGCGCCCGUCUCCGCCGCCCGCGCUGCCCAGGCGGCGCGGACAAUCGGUGCGGCCUCGUAUGUGGAGACUUCGGCGCUGACGCAGCGGGACCUGAAGGAGGCGUUCGACCAGGCAAUCGUGUGUGCGCUGCGGCGGCGAGGGCUACUGAGGCCGGCAACGCCCCCGAAGCCCCGCCAGCGGCCGCUCUGGAGGCGGCUCUGCUGCUGCACCAGGGGCGGAGGCGGCGCCGGGGGCGGCAGCGGCAGUGGCGAGAGCGCGGGUGCUGGAGGCGGGGGCGACGCCGGGGGCGGGGGCGGCGAGUAG